CGGCCGUCAUAGCGAGCUGUGAAACGCUGCUGCAGAUUAACAUCAAAUCUCUGGUAUUGCAGAUGUCUGCAGGUCUGUUUUUUACCAGACUUGCUGCAAUUAUAGUACUAUUGUUGUUGUUCCACAUGCUCCAGUCCCGUAAAGUGCGGGUCAACUGCUUCGCUUGGUCAACUCACAAAUGCCAACAUCGGCACUCUUUAACAACUAAAGCACAACUCAAUCCCGGCGAGGAGCCUUUACUACACCGGUUAAACUGGGUCCUUCGCUGUGUUAUUGUUGUGGCGUGUCUGUGUGGCAUAACAAGCACCCUUGAUGUUGUUCAAGUUCCUAUCCAUCUUACUUGCCUUCGGGGAGUGGUUGCUGGCCCGGCGCGCGUAAUGUGGCUUUGUUUGGAGUGCGGGGAGUAUGCGGCCGGGCCGGGCGGGUUGUGGUGUGCGCCCAGUGAUCAACGCGGAGGAGCCGUGUCUGGGGAGCGUGCCUGGCUUUCGUCUGGAUGGCCCUGUACUGCUCCAGCCCCGCGGUGCACUUCAUUGUGUGUGCGACCGGAGGAUCAUGCAGGUUUUGCCUCUCGUCUCAACAUUGUUCAUCGGUUUGAACGGACAAUCAUUUCGACCCGCACUAUCAUCUUUUACCGGGGGACCACACGUGGGCGACCAUGUUGGGUCAGAGUGUGCGGUUACAGCCGGUGCCCAUCCAGAGCCUGUCGGAGCUGGAGCGAGCCAGGUUACAGGAUGUGGCCUUGUACCACCUGGAGGAGAGGGACCUGGACUUCAAGAUCAGCAUCCCGAGGGAAACACACAAACGGAGAAAAUCUCUACGCAGGAAGUUUGACUCCUUUUCAAAGGAAAAGAAAGAGCGAGAAUCGGCCCCCAAGGCGUUCGGCAUCCCCCUCUCCCAGGUCAUCGCCAACGACCGAGCCUUCAAGCUGCGACAGGACGCCCUGAAGGAGAGCAGGCGAGACUGUCUGGACCUGGAGGCCAGCGUUCUGCGCUUCAGGGCCGAGAAGAGGCAGUUCUUCAACGGGAACACAGGAGGAGGUCCCGGCUCGCCAUCUACAAACUCUGUAGCACCGGCGCCCGUUUACGAGACCCAGAACAAACCGAUGUCGCCCACGUUUCUGGAUAACUCCGGCCGAGUACAGAGAAGGGGUGGUCUGUCAGUGGACUCCAUCUCGGACCUGGUAGAGAGUCAGUCUCGCCUGCUGGAGGCGCUGCAGCUCUCUCACCCGGCCGAGCUGGAGCUGAAGAAGUCCUCGGACGGCAGGGGCUCGUCGGAGGUGAAGACCCAGACCAAGCUCAGCCUCAACCCCAUCUACAGACAGGUGCCGCGGGUGCUGGAGAGGUGCUGCGGUCACAUCGAGAACUAUGGUCUUCAGACUGUGGGAAUUUUCCGAGUUGGUAGCUCUAAGAAGAGAGUGAGACAGCUGCUGGAGGACUUUGACAGAGGGGUGGACGUCCAGCUGGAUGAGGAGCAAAGCGUCCAUGACGUGGCAGCGCUGCUCAAAGAGUUCCUCCGAGAAAUUCCUGAUCCUUUGCUGUCCAGAGAGCUCUACCCCGCCUUCCUGCAUGCCAACCUGCUGAGGGGAGCUGACCAGCUUCAGUACCUGCAGCACCUCCUCUACCUGCUGCCUCCCUGUAACUGUGACACCCUCCUGCGACUCCUCAGCAUGAUACACACCGUGCAGAGCUUCGCCCAGGACACCAUCGGGACAAACGACGAGGAGAUCCCCGGGAACAAGAUGACGGCUGCGAACCUGGCGGUGAUCUUUGGGCCCAACCUGCUGCAGAAGGAGCGAGGCGGAGACGCCAGUCCCCAUGCGAUGGGGAUCGAGGACAGCACGGCGAUCAUCAGCGUCACCCUGCUGCUCAUCCAGAACUACAGGAGGCUCUUCACGGUGUCUGCAGAGCUGCAGCAGGAGGUCCUGAUGAGUCUGAUCCAGACAGACCCGGACAUCAUCGACUAUCUGCUGCGUAGGAAACUCAGCGUCAGCCACCUGACGGCAGAGAGCAGCGGUGAGACGGGGGGGCGUCGGGACACAGGGGCGUCUCUGGACUCUGUGGGAGCCUCCAGUGGGAGUUUGUCCCCGCUAGAGCCACCAUCACCACUUUUCCCGCCCAAAAGCAACGGCCGUGAGGGCAGCCUGACCAGCGAGGUCUUCCUCAAUGUGCUCAAACUGAACCAGAACAGGAAGCGCCAGGAAACCAGAUACGGUGAUGCCCCUUCAGGUAAAUCCAUCCGCCACAUGCGUCAGUUCCACUCCCACCACAACCUGCUCAGCCUGGCCCAGCCAUCCUUGUCCUCCACCUCCAGACACCACAGUCAGGACCAGGACCGCAGGGCCCCGCUGGGCUCUGCGCUCAACUUCAACCUGGGCGGCCUCGGCAGCGGCAGCUGCUCCAGUCUGAGCGCGUCGACGGAGAGCAGCAUCUGGGUGAGACAGACAACGCCCGAGGAGAGCAAACCCUCGCCGGCGUCUAAUUUCUGGGACUUUUUCACCGGGAAAGGGUCAAGCUCAGAGACGAUGGUAUGAUGAAAGGCGAGAAGAGGAAUAUGAAGGAAAAGAGGGUGUUUUUUUUUUUUUUUUUGCUGUCAGAAAUCCCCAGACAAUUGGUCAAAUUUCCUGUUACGUUAACAACAGACACAACUUACCCUUACAUGCAUGACUCCAUUUUUUAAAAAUCCUAAAUUUCCUAGUUGAAGAUACUACUUUAAGGGAGCAAGUUUUCCUUAUUGGAAGUUGGAAUUUCACACUUUUCUGGCUUUUUCUGGAACGCAGCAUGUGUAUGAAUUGGGACACAGAAGAAGAAGGAAAUGUCAGAUAAAAAAUACGAAAUACUUUUUUAUUUUUUUUUUAAAGACAUUUUGGAGUUGUGUCGGAAACUUUUGCAAACUUUUAAGCACAACUCCCUCCUACCGAAACACGGACAUCAGUAAAUGAAGGAAAAGAGACUAAAUAACUCUGUUUGUGAAGAUUAUAUGAAAGUGGAUGCAGUAAUAUUUGUAAUGUAUAUAAUGUGUACAUAAUGUAUUCAUUUUACACACACAUACACACACAACAUCUUUACUACCUACAACAGCAUAACUAUGUGUAGCUAUAUGGACUCUACUAACACUUUAUCUAUACUGACACCGUAUCAGAUUCCCUUUGCCUUUCCCGUAACCUGCAAUAAGAUACAUUUACUGUAAAAAUAAUUCACAAACGAGAUGGCGUGCAUUUAUCAACUCUCAAAAUCAAAUGAUUUCAAGGUUUAUCACCAGGAAGUUGCCCCCAAACAGAUUACAAAGUGAUAAAUACCAUAUAUCAUAAUUAUGUGAAAAGUCCCAUGAGGCCUGAGUUCACAGUACGGUAUACUGUUUAUGUUAUGUCCCCGAAAUUCGACCAAAAGAUAGCCUUCUUUUAGCAUUGCUUUGCAAUAAGUCAUGAUAUAUCCCAUCUAGAAAUUUGGACUUUGGAGAUAAUUUGGAGCUAUGAUGGAAACACUUUGAUCAACUUGGAAUCUGUAAUCAAUCACAAACACACAGAUGUUCACCAGAUGAACUGUUGGACUAAUUUGGUGAUUUUGCAUGCAACAGCUUUCAAUCUCAAUGUUUUUUUUCCUUAUUUCUUAUCAAGCUAAUCAUCUUGGAACCUCUGGUCUAGGUUGUUUCAAAGGUUUUUCAGUUUCUAAAAUGUAAUGUGAAGCAGCUGGAUGUCUAAAAACAUUUUACUGUUCAACCAAAUUUUGCCCUUAAUGUCUAGACAUCUUUUGAAUUAGACCCAUUUGCAAGAAAUGUAAGUCAUUUAAUGUCUGUAUUCAGCAGCACUUUUAUCUUUGAUAAUAUUACAGGAUCAUAUAGGAUAGUUACCUUCCUUUAUCCACACGAGGGCGAUAUUCACCACAUAAGAUCAACCUUUAAUCCUCUAAUUGUUUGUCCUUUAUCCACAAACUCCUAUAAUGUUGGUCAAAUGUAUAGGUUUAUUGUAUUAAGUUUGGGGAAUAGUGCCAAACAACUAGAAACUGUAGACAUGUUUGCCUUUGUCCUCUUUGUAGUAGAAAACCAUUUUUCCAUUGUUUGCACAGAGAUUUUCCUACAUCCUAACGUUGCUUUGCUUCAUCACAAACACAGAAGUCAUACAGUCUGUCCUUCAUCUCAGCAGGUGAAUGUAUCGUAUUGUAUUUUGGAUUCCUUUAGGAGAAAACAAGAUUGUCUUUUUAUCAGUGACUUGUUUUUUUUCUAUAUUGUUGUAAAAUCCAUCAAGACCUAAAUAAUGUACGUAAUGUUCCACUUACCUGCAGAUAAUAAAUGUCAAACUGCCCAA